AUGCCUCGCAGCGCCUCGACCGUAGACAGCGCUGAGAGCCUACCCCCCCACAGGGGGCACGGCGACGCAGGCGAGCGCUCGAGCACGGCCGAGGACGCGAUCGUCAUCUCGUCCUCUGAUGAAGGAGACGCCCUGUCGCUCCACUUGACCAACCAAGCGCCCCCAGGCAACGCCAACGCAAGGGAGAGCACCGACGGUGCAGAAAGCCCCUCCGGCUCCGACGGCGAGCGGUGGCCAGAGGGCGUGGCCCCGCCCUGGCGACUACACAAGAUACAGAGCCUCCAGAAGCGCAGCGCGCGCGCGCAGCCGAGCCCGUCCCCGCUCAGCGCCACCCAGAAACCACCACCACCUGACGGGACAAGUACGCUUGCCCGCCCUUGGCCGCCGCAACCGCACCCACGCGCCGCCCCGCACGCCCCCGCCCUCACCCCGCCCUCCCCCUGCCUCCACGCAGACCGGCAGCCCUCCCCGCCGCCGCUCCCGGGCCGCCUCGGCAACACAUUCCAUGCUCUGCAAUCCGCCCCCGCCUCGCCGCCGGACCCCGCCGCGACGCUCGCGCGCGAGCGGCCGCCGCCCGGCGGCCGGCCCGUCGUCGAGGGCCGCGUCAUCGCGGACAGCAACGCGCUCUCGGCCCUCCACAGGGAGGUGGGCCUGUUUGCGCGCUUGUGCGAGCCCGCGCCCUCGGAGCGGCGCGACGUCGACGCCGUCGUCGCGAUGGUCCACAAGGCCGCCGCGCACACCUUCGGGCGCGCCGCGCGCGCCACGCUCUUCGGCUCCCGCGCCACAGGGCUCGCGCUACCCGGGUCGGACCUCGACAUCGUCAUCCUCGGCGGCGAGGCUGACGCACUGAUGCUGAGUCCGGCGUCGGGGUUCGCGCGCAAGCACCGGCCGCGGCUGGUCGGGCGGCUCAACGACCUGCUCGCGACGCUCCAGGGCAUGGGCGCUGUGCAGGCUGGCUACGUGAUUGGCACCGCGAAGAUUCCGAUUAUCAAGUCGAGGAUGCGGGCGCCCGGGUCGAAGGCCGUGCUGCCCGUGGACAUCUCGCUCGGGGUCGCGAACGGCGAGGCGGCUGUCGGGCUGAUGGGGCGGUCGCUGGCGGAGCUGUGGCCGGCGCGCCCCGUGCUGCUCGUGGCCAAGGCGCUGCUGCGCGAACACAACCUGAACGAGGUGUUCACGGGCGGGGUCUCGUCGUACUCGCUCUUCUCCAUGGUCGCCGCGCACCUCGUGCGCCUCGGGUACCCGGUGCCCGCCGCGAUACGAAGCCGCGGCGAUGCCGACAGGUCGGGGUCGCAACCGGGGGCGUUCGAGCUCAACGGCGGCGGCGUCCCGGGCGGGUCAGCGUCCCCGCUGCCCAGCGAUCUUCCGCACGACCUCGGCGACAUGCUGCUGUCGUUCCUGCAGUUCUUCGGGGCCGAGUUCAACUACCGCCGCGACGCCGUGAGCGUCAGACGCGGCGGGACGUGCCGCAAGCUGCACCAGUGGGUCAGCGCGGGGCGUCCAUGGGGCCUCGCGGUCGAGGAUCCGCAGGAGGACGGGAGAGACGUCGCGGCGGGCACGUACAACAUCGGCGACGUCCAGGAGUGCUUGCGGCGGGCUGCAGCGCGCCUGCGGAAGGCCACGCGGGCGAACGAAACGGCGCCCGACGCGCCCUUCGACGAGCAGGCUGCGUGGAAGGCCGUGCAGGAGGCGAGCAUGGGGGCGAACGGCGCCGGCGGCGUUGCUGCCGCAAGCCACAUUCGUUUCGACGAGCACAUGCCGCUGCUGUCGUCGAUCAUCGACGUGACGAGCGCGCUGACGCACGGGCGUCUGCACGACGACGCGCACCGCGCCGAGGCGCUGCGCAUUGUGCAGAUGGCGCGGCGCAAGCCCGCAGCGGCGCCGGCGCACCCGGGGAAGCGCACGGCAGAGGAGGCCGUGCUGACGGUGAGCAGCUCCAGCGACGAGGAGCCCCCGCGCAAGCGCGUGAAGACGGCGCGGCGCGGCGGCGGGCGUACGGGGGGGGGUGUCGGCCACAGAGCCGCAGAACAGCCCCGCAGUCGAGAGAGUCAGGGUGCGAAGAACAAGAAGCGGGGAGCUGGGGGAGCUGGAGGCGGGCCGAAGAAGAAGGCGAAGGGGGCGGCGCAGAAGGGCGGCGGGCGCGGCCCGGCGGCGCCUGGCAGAGGUCGCGGCAGCGGCGCAAACACGCACGGUGCGGGCGCGGGGGGCCGGGGCGCUGGGAUCCGGGGCCGGGGCGGGAGAGGGAAGGAUCGUGGGCGCGGAACCGCCGGGGCGGGAAGAGGCGGGAGUGCGCGGGGCGGCAGUGGCAGGGCAAGCUCCCGGGGCAAGGCGCGGGGCGGGUGGACCGCGCACGUGUGA